AUGGACACUUUAAUUAAAAGUGCGGGGCAUGUAACCUCGUUAAAUUAUACGUGGGAUGCGAAGGAUAUAUAUGGCGGGAGUUAUGAAAACGUCACAGGAAAUGAUACUACAAAUUUAGGCGCUAGAUAUAACAUUACUGAUCAACUACGCUUAUUAGAUGAACAUAUACGUCAGUAUUUGCCAGAAAAUCUGCAGAAAGUGCUUUUGGAAAGAAUUGAGAGUAGUAUUCGCAGCGAAAUUGAUAAAACAGACUUAAUGACAUCCGCUAGUGAAAGUACUACUCCGAAAACUCAGAUUACAUUAUCGGUGUUUGACAAUAGUUAUCCUACAGUUGCUACUUUAAUGCCCUCGUCAUUCUCUUCCUGGUCUUUUGCACAAGGACUAAUUGUAGGACAACUGAGUGUUAUAGUGGUGCUAUUUCUCUUCGUCAAGUUCUUCUUUUUCGGUGAAGGGUCCUCUAAACACGCUAUUGAAAACUCUUCAACGGACUCCAAUUCACCAAUUGGGAGCUCAUCUAGUUUCAUGGCACCGCCGUUAUUAUCAGCUACAACCAGUCGGUUAUUCUCUACAUUAAUUAAACGAGGCGGAAAGGACGGAUCAUCUAUUGUGGAAGAUAAAGAAAAUGAGCGUACGAGACAAAUAAACAGUAUUUUAGAAAAAACUUACUACGAUGUGGAAACACAUGCGCCAGAGUCUCUGGACUGGUUUAAUGUUUUAAUUGCACAAACUAUUCAACAAUUCCGUGAGGAAGCAUUGCUAAAAGACAAUAUUAUACAUUCGCUUGAUGAUUUUAUUGCCAGAAAAUCAAGCGAGCUUCCGAAUUACCUUGAUUGUAUUAAAAUAACAGAAUUGGAUAUUGGCGAUGAUUUCCCUAUCUUUUCGAAUUGUCGAAUUCAAUACUCCCCUAAUUUAAAUAAACGCAGACUGGAAGCCAAAAUUGAUAUUGACUUACGGGAUCGUUUUGCACUAGGUAUCGAGACAAAGCUUCUCUUUAAUUAUCCUAAACCAUUAGCAGCCUCACUUCCCGUGCAGCUUACUGUUUCAAUGGUGAGGUUUCAAGCUUGCCUUACAGUUUCGCUCACAACGGCCGAAGAAUUUGUUUCUACAAUGACCGAUACAUCAGAAAAUCCCAAUGAAGCAGAACAUGGGCAUUAUCUUGUGUUCUCUUUUUCCCCAGACUAUAAAAUGGAGUACGACAUCAAAACUCUAAUUGGAGCCAGAUCGAAAUUAGAAAAUAUUCCGAAAAUAAGCAGUCUAGUUGAGUAUCAAAUAAGGAAAUGGUUUAUGGAUAGGUGUGUAGAACCAAGAUUUCAAUUUGUCAAACUUCCUAGUAUGUGGCCACGGAGUAAAAAUACAAGAGAAGAAAAAACAGCACAGGAGGAAGAACUAUCGAAGGCAUCCGGUAAUGGUAAAAAUUAA